AAAAGCAGUACACUAUCGUGUUCACCGUCGGCUCGACUUACGAUUUUGUCACUUUUUAUGAUUUUUAGAACUUUCGAAAUAGUGGAAUAUUGAAAAAAAAAUUCAGAACUUCGAACAAAUUGGGGAUUUUUUUAUUACUAACUUUGUUGUGUGUGUAACAUAUGCGCUCUCCUGUGUAUACACAGGAAACAUCACAUACCUUCCAUUCUACGUACUUUGGAAAGCAGUGAAAGGAGUGAAAGCUUCGAAUAAACGCAAGAAAAAAGAAGAAGAAAUUGAUUGUUUACCAAAACCAGUGUACAAAAAACAAUUCUGGAAGUAACAGAAGAGCAAUGUCCCUAUUACAGAUCGUUGAUCAGCUGUGUCGCAUCUGCUCUAAAAGUUCCACAAAAAUUAUUUCCCUCAAUGAAAUUGUAGAUGGGAGAACACUGGUUGAAAUGUUACGUUAUUGUGUCACGGUUGAGGUUUUUGAAGGCGAUGACCUACCAUUCCAAUGUUGUAUAGAUUGCAAGUUCGAUCUUAUUGUAGCGUAUAACUUGGUGACACGUUGUAGGGAAUCUGAUGCUUUGUUUCGAAGUCAGCUUACCGAUAGUAAAGAUGCUUUGCGACUACUAUCAUAUGAAUCUAACAAUGCGACAAAUGCCAAUCAAUUUAAAACCGAGUUCAAGACGGAGAAUGAAUGUAUAUAUGCAGAACCUCUAUGCGAUCUGUACGUAUCAAACAAUGAGCAAUCUAACACUUUAGUACGCGAGGAAAGUGGAAGUUCUUUAAAUUUCAAGAACGAUGAUGAAACUAACAACGAUAAUAAAAUCGGCGAGGGAUAUAUGCAAGAGGAUGAUAGAGAAGAUGAUAAUGAAACAAAUCUUGAAAACAAAGUGGAUGGCAGCGACGAAAUCGAAUACGAGAGGAAACGAAGUAGGUAUGUGAAGGAAGUAUCUUCGUCUUCUCCCAAACGAUGCUGCAAAUGUAAGACGCGGUUGAAGAAUAUAGAGCAGGUUGAGCAACAUUCUAAAAUACAUAUAGAAUCGAGAAUUUUCGACGAGCAAAUAAUUGCAGCUAGACCGUUUGAAUGCUCGGUUUGCUUUAAACGAUAUACUACGAAGCGAUCCCUACAAAUCCAUCAACGAGAAAUGUACAUCGACAAACAAUUUCAAUGCGAUGAAUGCGAUAAAGAUUUUCUCUCAGAAUCUCAAUUAACGAACCACAAAGAGUCUCAUGAUAAAUAUAGCAGUGGUAGAAUGGAACAGCUCACAAAAUGCUGCGCUUGUCAUCAACAGUUCGAGUCCGAAGAAUUAUUGAGGAAACAUGCUGAUGAAAUCCAUCUUCCAGAAAGUCAAUCUUCAACAAACGAUAAUGAAAAAAAAUUCAUUUGUGACAUCUGUCACCGCAGGUAUAAAACUAAACGGACAUUGUUGGAACACAAAUCCAAACCAUACCUUACCGAGCAAAAUAUGUGUACUCAAUGCGGAAAAGUAUUUCGUGAACAACGCACCCUUAUUGAUCACGAACGUUGUCACCAGGCAGAACGUCCAUUUGUAUGUCCGAUUUGCCCGAAAACAUUUGCCCUCAAGAACUCGUACAGAACACAUGUGAAGACGCAUUCGUUGGCAGAGGACCGUUUCAAAUGUGAAAUUUGUAGCAAAGGGUUCAAGAAAAAGGCGAACCUAAGACUGCACAGUGUUAUGCAUGAGCCGGAUGAUGAUCAGCCCGUAAAUUGCAAUCUGUGCCCAGCGACUUUCGCUCGGAGCAUAUCUCUCAAAUACCACAUGAAGAGACACACCGAUGCCAGGAAAUACAAAUGCGAUAUAUGCGGCGCAAGUUAUCCAUUUUCAAGCGACUUCAAACGCCACAUUAUGGCGCAUAAGGGCAUAAAACCCUACGUCUGCAAUGUAUGCGGGAAGGGAUACCCAAGAAAGGACUAUCUGCGUAAACAUCUGGCAUCUCAUAAUACAAAUAAUUCCAUGUUUUAGUCAAUAAAGUUGUUUUGUGCCUUA